AUGAGCGGGCUGCGGACCAUCACCUUCGACGAGGUCGCGAAGCACAACACCAAGGAGGACUGCUGGGUCAUCGUCGAGGACAAGGUCUGGGACCUGACCGGCUUCGCCGUCGACCAUCCCGGCGGCGCCCACCUCGUGCAGGAGCAGGCCGGCAAGGAUGGGACGACGCCCUUCGUCGACGCGCACAGCACGGACAUCAUCCAGCUCACGCUCGGCGGCGCGGCCGGCGUGAAGAAGGCGCUCAUGGGCGUCAUCGACCGGUCCACCGUGCCCGCGAGCGCCGUGAGCGGCAAGGCGGACCACGGCGCGCCCGCGGAGGCCGACGACGACGCCGACGAGUGGGAGGUGCCGCCCGUGGAGGCGAUCCUGAACGUGCACGACCUCGUCGCCAUCGCCGAGCGCAAGCUCGUCAAGGAGGGCAAGAAGCAGGCCUGGGACUACUACAGCAGCGGCGCGUGCGACGAGCUCACGUACCAGGAGAACGAGCUGGCGUUCAAGCGCAUCUGGAUGCGUCCCCGCGUCCUCGUCGACGUCAAGACCGUCGAUCUCACGUCGAAGAUCCUCGGCGCGACCGUCGGCGCGCCGCUGUUCCUGAGCGCGUGCGCGAUGUGCGGCAUGGGCCACGAGGACGGUGAGCUCGCGUGGGCGGAGAGCGCGGCGGGCUUGGACAUCCCGUUCAUGUCGCCGAACCUGAGCAGCAAGAGCCGGAGCGCGAUCUUCGCCGCCCAGCAGGCGAGCCCGACGGGCCACCGCAUGUUCCAGAUCUACGUGAACCCGGACCGCGACGUCGUCCUCGAGCAGCUGCGCGCGUGCGAGGCCGCGGGCGUGACGGCCGUGUGCGUGACGGUCGACAGCGCCGUCGCGGGCCCGCGCGAGCGCGACCAGCGCAACAAGAUCGCCAUGCUGCUCAAGCAGCAGGCCCAGCAGGAGAGCGCGGCCAAGGGCGCCAAGGCGCGGAAGCCGGGCGUCUACGCGAAUCGCGAUCCGGCGCUCAACUGGAAGGACGUCGCGUGGUUCUGCUCGAACACGACCAUCCCCAUCGUGCUCAAGGGCGUCCAGUGCGGCGAGGACGCCGUGCUCGCGGCCAAGGCCGGCGUCGCGGCGAUCCUGGUGUCGAACCACGGGGGCCGCAACAUGGACACGGCGCGGUCGUCGAUCGAGGCGCUGCCGGAGAUCAUCUCCAUGCUCACGGAGGCGGGCCUGCGGUCGAAGCUCGAGGUCUGGCUGGACGGGGGCAUCCGCCGCGGGAGCGACGUCGUCAAGGCGCUCGCGCUCGGCGCGAACGCGUGCGGCAUCGGCAAGCCGGCGAUGUACGGCAUGAGCUGCUACGGCGCCGCGGGCAUCACGAAAUGCGUCGAGAUCCUGAAGCGCGAGAUGGUGCAGACGAUGCAGCUCUGCGGCGCGCCGCGCUUCGACCUGCUGUCGCCGUCGCUCGUCGACACGUCGUCGCUG